CUUCUUCUUCUGCGCUUUAAUCCUUGUUUAAGAGACGGGUUUUGUGUGUAUUGUCAGUUAGUUCAGUAGCAAUGGCGAUGGCCAGGUUUGUUGGUGUAAUGCUUUUGGUGCUUUUCGCAGCCAUCUCCAUUCUUGACGCUCAUCAGUUGCAGGUAUCGGCCAAGGAGAUGCAGUACCACUUGGACAGUAGCCGAUAUGGACCAGGGAGUCUGAAAAGCUACCAAUGCCCAUCGCAAUGCUCUCGAAGGUGUGGGAAGACGCAGUACCACAAACCAUGCAUGUUCUUCUGCCAAAAGUGCUGCAAGAAGUGCCUCUGCGUUCCCCCUGGCUACUAUGGCAACAAAGCCAUCUGCCCUUGCUACAACAACUGGAAGACCAAGGAGGGUGGUCCUAAAUGCCCUUAAA